AUGGAUGGGGGGCGUGGUGUAUGUAAUUGGUGGGGGUGGGGUGUUUGGGGGGUGGCUAAAGAAUGGAUGUGGUGUUGGGGGAAGGUGAAUGGGGUUGGAAUGGGGAUUAGUGGUUGGUGGUGUUGUGGGGGAAAAGAUGAAAAGGAGUGUAUAGUUUGGAUGGGUUGGUGGGGUUGGAUGGGGAUGUUUGUGAUCGGGGUGAAUUGGGUUGUGGGGUUUGAUGAUUUGAAUUGGUGUGAGUGGGGAUGUGGGUGUGGGGGUAUGGAUGGUGUGUUUGUUGGCGCUUGGGGGGGAGUUUGGUGUUCGUGGGGGGAGGUGAGUGGUGGUAUUGGUAUGGCUAUGUGGUUGGGUUGGUUAAUUAAGGGUAUGAGUGGGGGGGGGUAUUAUGGGAUGUGGUAUGAAGGGUGGGGAAUUUGGAUGUGGGUGUUUGUAAUUGGGAGAUGUGUGGUGAGGGUGGUGGAAGGGUGGGGUUUGGGAUAUGGUGGGAAAGGGGGUGAGGGAUAG